AUGACCAUCCCCAUCGCCACGAUAACCACCUUCCGGACCGCCUACAACCCCUUCUCCCGCGCAUCCCGGCCAUGCCGCCUGUUCCUGGGCAUGCUGCGCACACCAGACACUAUCCCAACAAGCAGCCCGACCCACAUCGAUAUUCAGGUCAAGCAAUUGCCGCGCAACUCCACCGAAUCACCGACCAUGACUGUCGGGUUUAAGGGCGGCAAGGAGCUUACGCUGGAUGUCGGAAAGCGCGGGCUUAAGAUUGGCGAUGUUAUCGAGGAGGUGUCCCGUGUUGGCAGAGCUCUGCAGCGGGAGGCCAGCUUGAAGAACUAA